AUGCAAGAACAGCUUCGAACCGAAGAGUUGGCAGUACCAUUAUUAUCAGAAGGGUUCUUGGCAAAUUGGGAGCCAAUAUUAAAACAAAUUGAAGAACAAUUAAAUGAAUUGAAGGACAAACAAAAACUUUUUUUAGAAGAUUUGAAAAACACAAAUUCAUUAAUGGAAAAUCAAGAAAAUUAUGAAUAUAUAACGUUAAGUUUUUCCAAGAUUCCUCAAUAUCACACGAAAUUACAAAAUAUACGCAACACCAUGAUGACAAUGCUAUCACGAUCAAAAAAUAUUAAACAACGAGUUUCGCAACUUAAAUUAUUUAAGGAACAACAAUUUGCACAGAUAGCCAAAAAACAACAACUGAUAAGGCGAGAAAUAGAAUUUGGAUCGUUUUCAACAGUAACAGAGGAUAAAGAUAAUGACAAAAAUGCAGAAGAGGUUGAAGAUUAA